CCGGGCCCGGGGCGCGCGAGCGCGGCAGAUCAGACGCCUCGGGCUGACGCGCGGUGCGGGCGCUCUAGACGUGCCCUGCGGGGCCCACGCGGCCGCCCCGCGCCCAGGGCGCCCCGGGUCGGCAGCGCCCAGGAUCGACCCGGUUCGGCCAUGCCGCUGGGGGCGCAGGACGCGCUGUACGUGGCGCUGGAGCUGGCCCUCGCCGCGCUGUCGGUGGCGGGCAACGUGCUGGUGUGCGCCGCGGUGGGCAUGUCGAGCGCGCUGCAGACGCCCACCAACUACUUCCUGGUGUCUCUGGCGGCGGCCGACGUGGCCGUGGGGCUGUUCGCCAUCCCCUUUGCCAUCACCAUCAGCCUGGGCUUCUGCACUGACUUCCACAGCUGCCUCUUCCUCGCCUGCUUCGUGCUUGUGCUCACCCAGAGCUCCAUCUUCAGCCUCUUGGCCGUGGCUGUCGACAGGUACCUAGCCAUCCUCAUCCCGCUCAGGUACAAGAGUUUGGUCACUGGGACCCGAGCCAGAGGAGUUAUUGCUGUGCUCUGGGUCCUUGCCUUUGGCAUUGGCCUGACCCCAUUCCUGGGGUGGAACAGUAAGGACAGUGCCACCAACUGCACAGAGCCCUGGGAUGGAGCCACAAAUGAAAGCUGCUGCCUUGUCAGGUGUCUUUUUGAGAAUGUGGUCCCCAUGAGCUACAUGGUGUACUUCAAUUUCUUUGGGUGUGUCCUGCCCCCACUGCUCAUAAUGCUGGUGAUCUACCUCAAGAUCUUCAUGGUGGCCUGUAGGCAGCUGCAGCGCACGGAGCUGAUGGACCAUUCGAGGACCACCCUCCAGCGGGAGAUCCACGUAGCCAAGUCCCUGGCUACGAUCGUUGGGAUUUUUGCUCUGUGCUGGCUACCAGUACAUGCCAUCAACUGUUUCAAUCUAUUUCAGCCAGCGUGGGCUAAGGAUAAGCCUAAGUGGGCAAUGAACAUAGCCAUUCUCCUAUCACAUGCCAACUCGGUUGUCAAUCCCAUUGUCUAUGCCUACAGGAACCAAGACUUCCGCUACACUUUUCAUAAAAUCAUCUCUAGGUAUGUUUUCUGCCAGACAGAAGUCCUCAAGAGUGGGAAUGGGCAGGUGGGGGCAGAGCCUGCUCUCGAUGUGGGCCUAUGACUGAUGCUCUUUGAAAAGGCAUGAAUUUACAAUUAACAAAGGGACAGGACCUGACCAGCUGAUGGUCAUUGUGAAAGACAGCUACGCAUCACAAGCGUAAGGAUUGCCUCUUCUGGACAUCACCACACAUCUAGCUAAUAUGUACAUGUUAUCAGCAGGCUCCAAGGGUUGACACAUGUAUUUCUUGUUCUCUCUAGCUAUACUGUCUGGGCAAUGCUGAUGGCUUGAAUGGACUGUUAAUAGGCUAUUUUGCUUUGUUAAACAUUUGUUUUUCAUGGUAGAGAAUAAUUCAAACUAUUUUACUGUGAAACACUGUGAACUAUUAUAACACAAAUGUUUAACUUCAAGGCAAUGGAAAAAUAAAAGUUAACAUAAUAAAAAUAUAUGUACUUGUUCCCAGGAAAAUUAAAAGUAUAAUUCUUUAAGCUACAAACUGCUCUACUCAUUUAGGGAAAUGGUACUCUCUUAAAUUCUAAAGUAGAAUAUCAUCAGAUAACAAUUUUGAUAAUUUUUUUCCAUAUAUAGCUGACUACCCUAGAGGAUGAAACCAGGGAAAUUGGCUCCCUUUUCUGCCAGAUUCCAUGUCCCCCCUUCCAGAGC